AUGUCCACUGCGGAGAAGAAGAGACUUCGGCUAGCCGCCUUCAUCUACUCCGGAGCUCAAACACAAAUAUGGCGGCACCCGGACAUACACGCGCAUGAGAGCCUCGAUGUCGAAUAUUACAUCUCUUACGCACAGCUUGCAGAGAGCGCCAAGUUUGACACUUUGUUCCUUGCCGAUGGUGCAUCUUUCCCGACUGGAGAUCUCGCGAAGCAUUUAUGGAGUGUCAGCGGCUUUGAACCUGCCACUUUGUUCUCCGCAAUCGCAGCAAGAACGAAGCACAUUGGUCUUGUCUAUACAGCGAGCGUCAGCGACAAUGAGCCGACUCACGUCGCAAGACAGCUCGCUAGCCUUGAUCAUAUAAGUCACGGAAGAGCAGGAUGGAACGUCGUCACUACUCCUGGACCGGGUACUGCGAAUCUAGGCGUUCCCGCCGAAGAAACGAAAGACAGUGCUGCGAAGUACAACCGCGCAAGAUCAUUUUUGACUGCCGUCCAAACGCUUUGGGACAGCUUCGAAGAUGACGCCCUUGUGAGAAAUAAAGAGACGGGCAUCUACGUCGAUCUGAACAAGGUUCAUUGGCCCAAUAUUGACGAUGGACUGUAUAGAAUCAACCAGCCCUUGAAGGUUGAGCGUCCGAUUCAGGGUCACCCAGUUAUCGCGCAGGCUGGAACUUCUGCUGAAGGGAUAGCUUUCGGUGGCUCCACAGCCGACUUGAUUUACUGCGCCAACUAUUCCAUCUCAGAUGGGCAGAAGACAUACCGCGCUCUCAAGGAUGCAGCCAAAGCUGCUGGGAGAAAUCCAGAUCACCUUGUCAUUCUCACUGGCGUGGCUGUCAUUUGGGGAGCAACACAAGAAGAGGCGGAGAAGAAGUUGCAAGAAGUGACUUCGCUAUGGCCCAUAGAGGUCGCCGUCAAGAAUCUCGGUAUUGAAUUUGGAGACACCGAUAUUGACUCUCCAUUCCCAGAGUCGUGGUCAGCGACAUUUUCACAAGGUCGCUCCGCGGCAAUCGCAUCAUUUGCGAAGGCCAACAAUCUCACGAUACGACAGACGGCGGAGCGAUGUUCCAUAGGACUAGGACACCGGCCGCUGGUUGGCACCACGCAGUCUAUCGCUGAUGACCUUCAGGCAUGGCUAGAGCAAGAUGCGACCGAUGGUUUUGCAGUCAUCCAGCCACGUCUGAUUGACGGUUUGAGGGAGUUUUCCGAACAUGUCAUCCCUGAAUUGGUGAAGCGCGGUCUUUUCAGGGGAGAAUAUGAGGGUAGAACAUUACGAGAGAACUUAGGUGCACCCCGACCGGCGAACAGACAUAUUGAAAACGAGUAA